AUGCUGUCCCGCUUCCAGGGAGGCCAGGAAGGCAAGGACAGGGCUUUCCACUUCCCAGGUGCAGGGGUCCCGGCGUACUUCAACCGGCGAGCGCAGGUGCGCGCCCCGGCAGAGCGCAGCGUGGGGUCCAGUAGUGGGACCCCUGCCCUCCCUCCGCGCCCCCCCAACACCCCGCAACCCGCCUCAAGGCGGCGGCGCAGACGCAGAGGCGCCACCCCUCCCCCGCCCCUCGAGCAACAAGCCCGAACGCCAGCCCAGCUGAAGCCGAAGCCUGAGCAAGACGCCAGGCAGCAGCGAGCCCAGCCUCCUACAAGGGGACGGAAGGGGCCGGAGCCCGAAGAGGAAGCACAAGUGCCACUACGCAGGCUGCGAGAAAGUUUUGGGGCUGGGAACUCACACAGGCACACUGCCGUUCGCUGGCGGCUGGCAGCACGGCUUGCUGAAGUUCGAAUUCCGCGCCUCCGGCGAGCUGGCGCAGCACCGCCUCACUGCGCACGCGCGAGAAGUUGCGAGGCCCACCUGUGGGAAGCUCGUCGGGCGCAGCCGAGGACCUCCAGAGGAAGCUCGCGCGCAGCCGCACGGCUUUCAGCCCUGGCGGGACCCGCACCCUCUCUCUCCCUUUUCGACUACAGCCGCUCCGACCUCAGCAGCACCACCGUCAGCGCCCCCAGCUCGCCCAGAGCGCCGCCCGCUUGGGCUGCCAGGCCGCUGGGGCCGAUUUUCUGUGGCAGCGCAACCUCCGUCAGCCUCUUCUGCGAGCUCCGCGCUCCCCGCCCCUCAUCCCGUGGGCCCGAGGCCUGA